UAGGAGGUGUAGGUAAUCAAAAAACCAGUUUAUUUACUGACCACACUCGGUCGGUUGGUCGGUAAGACGCGGUUAAAGUUUCACUAUCGUGAUAUUUUAUUGAAUUUUUCCUGCGAUUUGGAAUUUUUCGAAAACUGAGCCAGUGAUAAAUUCUUGUUAGUUUAUUCUUUUUCUAAUACCGACUAUUUAACGAAGUGUAAUUGAACGAUUUUAAUGAAAUAUGUGAGGAGACGAAUAUUUUAGUAAGAGGUGUGUCGCAGUGGUUUGAAUUUCGAAUCUCGGCUGUACUUUGUGCAUUCACGUGAAAACGGGUGUUUUGUUGCAUUCUUUUAUCCGUCACUGAGAGUGAUGUUAUUAGAUCGAAAUUUGCACAAAUCAAUCUGGUAUUGCAUACUUGAGUGAACAUCGUGUGAUCAUUUCUUGGUACGAAAUUAAUAAAACAUGUGUAUCACAAUAUUGAUCAGUCACAGGACUAUAAUUAGAUCCUGAUGACUAGAAAAUUCUGUGAGAUUGGCCAAGUCAUGCAGCCAUGGCAAGUGGAAAAGUCCUUUAUUCAAUAGCCGUGGUUGUUCUCGGAUUUAUUUGUUUUAUAGUCGGAGCUAUCGCUGUUGGAUUACCGACAUGGGGUUAUUUCUAUAGCUAUGACUCUGACCUUGCUCUCUCCGUGCAGGCAUUUGAGAACCCGAACUUCGAUCAGGGCUACUUCGGGCCAUGGCGUGUUUGCAAGAAGUUGCUGUACAACAGAGAGAAAUGCGGCACCGACGUCUCAAAGUUCAGACCAUCAACUGCAGUGUACAUAGCGGGCGUGGUGGCGGUCAUCGGCGUGACUGUGCUGGGCGUGUUCUGCAUACUGUCAGUACUGCAACUAGCGAUGAUCUCCUCAAAGGAGAAAGUGGGAAUAAAGUAUAUACAUCUCGUCAUGAUGAAGUUAGCGCUCGCGUUACUAGCAACGUUGCUGUCAAUAGCAGCGGCCGGUCUUUUCGCGGUCCAAGUCGAUGACAGAGGAUUUUAUCAAACGAGAGGGGAGGCUUUUUAUGUUCAGAUUGUUUCCAUAGUGAUAAACUCCGUAUUAUUCAUAAUGUCGUUAUACGACACGUUAUUCUCGCGUCGCGCGGGCGGGGACCCGACUAAUGCGCACGCGCACACUGAAGGAGGAACUACUAUUAAUAAUCCAGGAUUUAAGGAAGGUAGAGGUAUUUCAAUGACGGAUGCAUCAGGAAAACCAUACAGUACAAACGGUCAUGGUAGUGUGGCUUCUAUGAAUACAACUGCGACCACAUUAACUGGUCUCUCUGAGGCCAGUACCAUCACCAGAUCCCCCCUCAGGUCUUCGCUGAAGAAGCCCAGGCCACGAGAAGGGGAACCCGGAGGCCUGGGCAUACAUAACCCAGGGUACUCGGGACAUUCACCACCUUUGAACAGAAAUGGCAGCCAGAAAAAAGUACGUAUACAAACUCAUAGUACUGAAGUAUGAUUUAUUAU